UCUGUUUUUGUGUGUGUGUUUUUGUGUGUGUGUGUGUGCGUGUGUGUGCGUGCAUGCAUGCCUGUGGGUGUUCAUCUGUGUGUGUUCCUCUCUAGGGAGUGUUGUCGGUUUUUUGGGGACGACGGGCUGACAGCCAAGGUGUUUUUCACUAAGGUGGCUCCGUUUGGCUUGCUGUGGAUCCUCACCAACUACCUGUACCUACAGGCCCUGAGGAAGAUCAACACCACAGACGUGUCAGCUCUGUUCUGCUGCAACAAGGCCUUCGUAUUCCUGCUCUCUUGGAUCGUACUGAGAGACCGCUUCAUGGGGGUCAGGAUCGUGGCGGCCAUCUUUGCCAUCGCUGGCAUCGUGAUGAUGACGUACGCUGACGGUUUCCACAGCCACUCUGUCAUGGGAGUCACCUUCGUUGUGGCCUCCGCUUCAACGUCUGCACUCUACAAGGUGCUCUUUAAAAUGGUCCUGGGCAGUGCCAAGUUUGGGGAGGCAGCGCUCUUUCUGACGAUCGUCGGCGGGGCUAAUUUUGUGUUCAUCAGCUUUGUGCCGGUCAUCCUGUACUUCACCCAUGUGGAAUACUUUGGUUCUCUUGAGGACAUCCCCUGGUUAUACCUCUGUGGGGUAGCAGGCCUGCUCUUUGCUUUCAAUAUCCUGGUGAACUUUGGCAUUGCCAUCACGUACCCCACAUUAAUCUCCCUGGGCAUCGUCCUGAGUGUCCCUGUCAAUGCCCUGGUUGACCUGUACACGUGUGAGAUCCACUUCAACGCAGUGCGUCUGAUCGCCGUGUUGAUCAUCUGCCUGGGCUUCCUGAUGUUGCUGCUUCCAGAGGACUGGGACCAGUGUUUCAUCCAGCUCCACGCUAAGCUGCAGAGUAAACGGGAGGAACCAGCCGAGGAGGAGGCAGGGCCCGGGUCCAGCCUCAACUGGAGCAGGAGAGCAAGGACCUCCAUGUCUACCUUUACACACUGACCACCGUUAAAUGUGGAGGGAUGGACGGACGGACACACUGAAACAGACAGCGGCAAACAUGCACACAAAUGGAUGAAUGAACAGAUGGACAGAUACAGACACACAUACAGUGUACACAUGCGCACACACACACACACACACACACACACAC